GCUCCAUUCCAUGAGCACUCUCAGUUUCUCUCUGAUAUACAUAUAUACGCAUAUAUGACUGUAUAUAUAGUCAAAGGUUGAAGACAACGUACGCGAUUUGUACUUCGAUGCCUUCUAUCCUUCUAUGUACGCAUAAUACACGACGGUUAGUUACCCGUUUGUCACGAAACGGUCAGGAAUAAUAUUUACGCGGAGUCAUCAUAAACCUUGCGACGGACUUAUCAAAUUUGAUUGUUCUACCGUUUGCUAUGCGAAGCAUAUAUGUGUAUCGUUAAACAUCGUUUCUAUGUAUACAUUUCAGAUUCUGCAUUCUGUACACGCUGUUUAUGAAAAAUGAGAAUGUCCAUGGGAGUGCCUCGUCGUCGUUAGAAAAUGUGUUUGCCGCUGACAGCGGAUCAAUAUGCAGCGGACAGAAUUGUACAGCGUUUUAAGAAAGUCGCGUUUCUGUCGUUAAAAGGUUAAACGGAAGGAUCGAACCAUGACGACGACAAGGUGAUAGAAAUCGUCGAAACUCGAGGGUCGAUAAUUUCAAGAAGAAUGGCAACGGCUCAAGGUACACCGGAAUCCGAUACGGGAAGCUUCGAAUGCUUCCAAAAUUACACGGCACCCGAAGUAUUCGUUCAGGGCUUGGCUGGCAUCGUCGAUCAACAGGACGUAGAAUCUAUGAUAAGGGCUCAAAAGCAAAUGCUGCAGAGGUUCGAAAAGACCAACGAGAUGUUGACCAACUGCAAUCAGUUGUCGGUAAAUAGGUUGAAAACUGCUGGCAGCGAGUUUAAGAGGCAUACCGCGUUGCUGGUGGAAAUGAAGAAGGAUCUGGAUUAUAUUUUCAAAAGAAUUCGGGUCGUGAGAAACAAAUUGAACCAGCAGUAUCCUCAGGCAUUCAAUGAAGCCGUAAGAAGCAGUUUGGCGGAAGAGGUGAUCGUCGAAGACGUAGAUUGCUCCGUAAAACCUCUGGAACCUGAAGUCGUUCCGCUACCAAGCACGCCUCACACUUUAACGGAUAGAGAUCCAGAUUCUGAUGGCAACAAGUUGGAGUACGGGAGCAUGAAAGUGGAGGGUGGAACGGCGACCAGCACGCUUCUGCAGAAGGUGAAGGUGAAGGAGGAAGCGAAGGAGCGUUGCGGUUAUCAGGAAAAGUCGCCAUCGACGACGACGACGAUGACGACGACGAGUACGAGUCCUGCGAACCAAACCGUUACCAAUGCCAGCAGCAACGGUGGCACGGUGUCCAGCGUGCCCGUCGUUCCGUCGACGAACGCGUCCUCCCCGGAAAGUUCACACCAGCCCUCGACCAUCGUCUGUCACUCGUCAGCGCCGACGGUCCUCGUUAACGCCGAUCCUUUUCCCGUCGAUCUCGAUCUCAAGAGCAAACCGAAGGCGAGCUCCGCGAGCAGGGAGAAACCGCGAGAAGAUGUCCAGCCGGAGGCCCACUCACCGUCGCCUCGCCGAAAGAUCCCAACGAAGCAGAGCAACGGGACGCGAUCGUCCUCCGAUGCCGACAGCCCUUUACCUCCGCGUUCCUCCAAGCCGGAAUCGGAGGAUACGAGCUGUGGAGCCGGCGGCACUGCUUCCGCCAGCGCGAACACCGCCGCGACCGAAUCUGCCGUUCCGAACUGCAGAACGGAAGAGCAAAACGACGCAUCCAACAGGAACAACGACGAUAAAAACGUACCCGGAAACAGAUGCAUCGCCGGGGUGUUCGCUGGGCACGGCGAGCUCAAGAGCGUCCUCGGUACCGUCGUCAAGUUCGCGACGGGCAUUUCUCCGGACACGGGGGACACCGUGCUCACCCUGGUACUGGCGCUUCUGAGCGGCGGCAUGACCGCGGAGGAGUUUCACUCGGCCCUGCAGGAAGCGACCAACUACUCUCUCAGGGGCUUCGUCCUUCCGCACUUGAAACAACAAUUGCCCGCCUUGCAGAGAGAUUUGAGCAGCGCUGCCAGAGCGAACGGCCAGAAUUGCUCACAGUAUUUGCAAUCGAACGAGGCAGCGGUUCUGGAAGCGGUCGGCCUGUCGGCGGACCAGGUCGAAGUCUUCGGAGAGCACACCGGCAACGGGAUUGGAAACGGCGGCGGCGGUGGCAAUCAAUGCUCAGCUCAUUACGCCGUACGGUCCAACUCUAAUCUCAGCACGGGCGGCAUUCAGCACGGGAAUAACGCGACGGGUGGUCUGCACCAUUAUUCCAGCGGGGGAUCGCACGCGCCUAAACGUCGCGCUUCUGACACUCCGUACUACGAGAACGGUCUCCACGAGGACGUGCCGGUCUACGGGAAGAGGCUGAAUUCAUGGAAUCGUCAUCAUCUCCAGCCGCAACAGCCACCGGAGAGUUCAUCCCCUUACUGUUGGUAUCAUCCGCUCCAUUCGUCGAGCGGAUCGAUCCACGGGCAUCGUCACAACCACGGUCACGGUGGUCACGGACACGGCCACGGUCCCAAUCCAAUGCCGCCGACAUCCACGCAGAUCUCUCAGAUGAGCGCGUUUUCCGGCUCUCAUCAUCUCGGACAACAACAGCAACAGCAUCAGCAACAGCAGCAUGUUCAAACGCGGAACGGUAGCUUGGACGACGAAUGGAAAAACAUCCACGUGAUGUUAAACUGCAUCCUAGGUAUGGUGGAACAGACGAAGACAGCUCUGGCCGUUCUGCAAACGCCGGGCGGGUUCGCGCCUCCGUCGUCGUCGACCACCGUGGCCGACGCGGUUCAGAACGGCGCCCAACAAGCGAACAACAAUCCGUCCUCGUCGAACGGUGCCCAGGUGGAAUCUUCGACCGGGGACCUCGAGGGCAUCUUAAAACGGUUUGCCAGAGAAAUCGUCGCACAGACCAUCAAGGCGAUCGAGGAGAAGUGGGCCGAGAUGAAGAGGAAAGACGAAGAAGCCGUGAAAAGAGCCGUGGUAGCCGAAGUGCAGCGGGCCGAGAGGGUAGCGGUGGCCGAGUCCAGGGUGAACGAGCGUCUUCGAGUUCAUCGCUUGCUCGACGUUCCUGCUCCGGUUUCUCAAAGAAAUCACACCACCAUCCGGCAGGGUCCCUAUCUACGUGUUCACGCCGCUUCUAGUCAGGUGGACGCGAACGCUAGGAUCGUUCCAACGCCGUCGUCCGUCUCCAACUCGAUGCCUUCCACCAGCGAGGACGAGAAGGAACCACGCUUGCAAUCGGUCAGCUCCGGAUCGGUCAGCUCCGGAUCGAAGUGUUGGAACUGCGGCAGGCCCGCGUUGGAAACGUGUGGCGGUUGCGGCAUAGCGCGGUACUGCGGCUCUUUCUGCCAGUACCGAGACUGGGAGACCGGAGGUCAUCACGCUUCUUGCGGCAAUUCAGCUCCUACUCGCGAACCUCGCAGAUCCGUGUCCCGGAGCCCUCCGAGGAUGGCGGCGUCGAUCAACGAGGCGAACGUCAUGGUACCGAUAUCAGCGGCGUCAAAACCAAAGUGACGUUACGACGUGGACUAUCAGCGGUAUCAGCCUGUCCGACGAUUUCCUAGAUCGAUCCAGUAGGAUUCGCGUUAAUCUAAUCGAUCGAUCUUCAUUGUCGUACGUUCAUUCAGGCACGCGAGGCAAUUAGUCGCGUAUAGGAAAUAGGAAGAGAAAGACGAAGCAAUGCCGCCCAGAAAUGACCCGACGAACGUCAGCUCUAUCGUUGACAUCGAAAUAAUUCCUACAAGCACGUUGUACGCUCUCCACGAAUGCAGUUGAAAUCGUGUAAGAGGACAAUUUCCUAGCAACGAUCAAUCGGGGGAACGGUGUCCAUCUAACGCGAGUCGUUUUACGUUAUACGUCCUUAAAACCGAAACGACCGAAUUUCCUCAAUAUCUUUUAUCUCCGCUUCUUUUCAUCGAAAUCGACGUAGCGCGUGAGCGAAUACGACUCGUCGAUAUUCUUCUCCUAGUCAAUUAAUAGAUUAACACACGGCAGACGUCGCAGAGUAACGACGAUGCGCAUGUAUAUGUUUCGCGAGACUAGUCAUUGUCGAAGGAUGGAACGAGUCCAUCGAGCACGCGCGAUUAGGAGACUUUGCUCAAACAUAGAUUACAAAUCGUCCUAUGAUUUUUCUAGCUACGUUACGUUGCUGGGAUGUACAAUGGGAUUUUAUAAAUGGUAUUUAAGGAUCAAGAAGA